AAAGAUCAUUAUCAUUUCUCUUCUUUUUAAUUGGUGUCUAUUGAACCUUUUGUGUUUGGCUUCAGCAGUUCAUUCAGGCGAUACUAGGAUUUAUCUCUGAAGGAAAUAUUAGUUGAAGUUGCGCACUCUGUGCCGAAUAUUUGUCAAUUCUCCCGGCUCGAAGAACCAUUGCGCGUUCAAAUUUGCUUUGGUCAAAUCAAUCAUUUCAAUUAAAUCGCAUUAAAAUGAUGAAGUUCUAUGCGUUUCUGUUAUGUUUGAUUCUUGUCAAACAAGCUUGUUGCCUGAAUUGUCCGGCUGGAUCGUACAAGAGCUGGUAUAACAACAAAUGCUACACUUGUCCUACCGGCUCCUUCUGCCCGGGUGAUAACAGAAGGAUCGGUUGUAAAGCGGGAUAUUACGCAGAGAAUCCAGGUAGUUCAUCUUGCAAGAUAUGCCCAGCUGGUCAUCGUUGUUAUUAUAAAAAUACUGUUCCAGUGAAAUGUGGCAAAGGACAAUAUCAAGACCAGACAGGACAGAGACUUUGCAAGUGGUGUAAGUAUGGCGAAUACAAUACUCAAACGGGCAGGAAAAAAUGUGAUAUUUGUCCUAUGGGUCAUCGAUGUUAUUAUGUGCGCAAUGCUCCAGUGAAAUGUGGGAAAGGACAAUAUCAAGACCAGAAAGGACAGAGAUUUUGCAAAUGGUGUAAGCAUGGCGAAUACAAUACUAAGACAGGCAGAACAAAAUGUUAUAUUUGUCCUUUGGGUCAUCGAUGUUAUUAUAAAAGUUAUGUUCCAGUGAAAUGUGGGAAAGGACAAUAUCAAGACCAGAAAGGACAGAGAUUUUGCAAAUGGUGUAAGCAUGGCGAAUACAAUACUCAGACAGGCAGAACAAAAUGUGAUAUUUGUCCUUUGGGUCAUCAUUGUUAUUAUAGAAGUUAUGUUCCAGUGAAAUGCAAGAAAGGACAAUAUCAAGACCAGAAAGGACAGAGAUUUUGCAAAUGGUGUAAGCAUGGCGAAUACAAUACUCAGACAGGCAGAACAAAAUGUGAUAUUUGUCCUUUGGGUCAUCGAUGUUAUUAUAAAAGUUAUGUUCCAGUGAAAUGUGGGAAAGGACAAUAUCAAGACCAGAAAGGACAGAGAUUUUGCAAAUGGUGUAAGCGCGGCGAAUACAAUACUCAGACAGGCAGAACAAAAUGUUAUAUUUGUCCUCUGGGUCAUCAUUGUUAUUAUAGAAGUUAUGUUCCAGUGAAAUGCAGGAAAGGAAAAUAUCAAGACCAGAAAGGACAGAGAUCUUGCAAGUGGUGCAAAGCAGGGAAGUACAACCUUAAAACUGGCUCAACUAAAUGCGAAAGCUGUCCUGCUGGUAGUCGAUGUCCUUAUGUCAACAAGAUACCAAUUCCUUGCAGAGUUGGCGAGUACUCUUUUCCAGAAUCUGUGAAAUGUUUUUCUUGCCCAACAGGAAGCUUUUGUUCGGGUUCAUCAAGUUCACCUCUGAAGCCGAUCACUGAUAGUGUGUUGAAAAGCAGAAUUCACAAUGCGGUCAAAUACGCAGCCGAGGCUUAUUUAGAGAGACCCGAUUCAUCUACAUCGACACUCGUCGACAGCGAUAAAAAGGUACAUGGUUUUGUAGAAUACAAAGACAAUAAGAUUGUCGUAUCGUUUCGUGGUACCGUUGACGCUAAAGAUUGGUAUUCAAACUUGAAGUUCCUAAAACGAGACUACAAAAGCUGCACAGGCUGCGAGGUGCAUAUUGGAUUCUCAAACUACUACAACUCAGUACGACUUCAGAUGCUCGCGAGGGUCCGCGCUCUCUCGCAUUCUCACCCUGGCUCAAAGGUAGUUGUCACAGGACACUCGCUCGGUGGGGCACAGGCAACCUUAACCGCUGUUGAAUUGGCAAAGAAUGGCUACGAUACAGAUCUGAUAACCUUUGGCUCUCCCAGGGUUGGGAACAAACAGUUCUCCGAGUUCGUUGACAAGUCUUUGAAAGGAUCGAAUCUGAGAGUGACAUACAAGAAUGAUAUCGUGACGGUCAUUCCACCACAAUCCAUCGGGUAUCGGCAUGUUGGGCAAGAAAUUCAUUACAUAGAUUUCAACAGGGGCUUUGAAUUGCCUCCAAAGACGGACAUUAAGUAUACCAGACUAAGCUCUGGUGAUCACAGUAUUAAGAAUUACGAGAAACUGAAUUAGAAUUGAGAAAAAAAACACAUUAAAAACACUUAAUGGGGAUAAAAAGAGAUGCACUUAUAUAGCCAUACCGUAGUAUCAAGUAGAAAUUAAAAUUGGGGAUAAUAGUCGGGAGUAUUUGUAGCAGUAAGA